GAGGGGGCGGCGGCGGGACGGCUCACUCGGUGCCGCUGCUUGGGGGCUGUAGUGACCGCGCCGCUCCUGCUGGGGGCUGCCCACGCCAAGGACCUGCCUCCGUCGCCUCCUCUCCCACCGCCCAGGGGAGCAGUCCCUGCUGGACUGCAGUGGUUCUGUCCUCUGACAUUCCUGUUGGUGAAGAUGGAAAACUUAGUAUCUCUGGAGUCAAGCUUAGUUUACUUCAGUUAACUGAACCCUUGUCUCCUAAGUUUCCCCGGCUGGAACAUCCCCCAAGAUGGCAGAGGAGAGCAGCAGCAAUCCCAGCGACUGCGUGUCCUUCAGCGUGCUCAACUGGGACCAGGUGAGCCGGCUGCAUGAGGUCCUGACCGAGGUCGUCCCCGUCCACGGCCGAGGCAACUUUCCGACCUUGGAGAUAACUCUGAAGGACAUUGUGCAGACUGUGCGCAGCCGGCUACAGGAGGCAGGCAUCAAAGUGCAGGACGUGCGGCUGAACGGCUCUGCGGCUGGCCACGUUCUGGUCAAAGACAAUGGCUUGGGUUGCAAAGACCUGGACCUCAUCUUUCACGUGGCUCUCCCGACAGAGGCGGAAUUUCAGCUGGUCAGAGAUGUGGUCCUGUGUUCCCUUCUGAACUUCCUGCCAGAGGGCGUGAACAAGCUCAAGAUCAGCCCGGUCACUCUGAAGGAGGCGUACGUGCAGAAGCUGGUGAAGGUCUGCACCGACACUGACCGCUGGAGCCUGAUCUCCCUCUCCAACAAGAACGGGAGGAACGUGGAGCUCAAGUUUGUCGAUUCCAUCCGGCGUCAGUUUGAGUUUAGCGUGGACUCUUUCCAAAUCAUCCUGGACUCUCUGCUUUUUUUCUAUGACUGCUCCAGCAACCCCAUCUCCGAGCACUUCCACCCCACCGUGAUCGGGGAGAGCGUGUACGGGGACUUUGAGGAGGCCUUUGACCAUCUGCAGAACAGACUGAUCGCCACCAAGAACCCCGAGGAGAUCCGAGGCGGGGGACUUCUCAAGUACAGCAACCUUCUCGUGCGGGACUUCAGGCCCACAGACCAGGAAGAAAUCAAAACUCUUGAGCGUUACAUGUGCUCCAGGUUCUUCAUCGACUUCCCGGACAUCCUCGAACAGCAAAGAAAGUUGGAGACCUACCUUCAAAACCAUUUUGCCGAAGAAGAGAGAAGCAAAUAUGACUACCUCAUGAUCCUCCGCAGGGUGGUGAACGAGAGCACAGUGUGCCUCAUGGGGCACGAACGCAGGCAGACCCUGAACCUCAUCUCCCUCCUGGCCUUGCGUGUGCUGGCAGAACAAAACAUCAUUCCCAACGCCACCAACGUCACCUGUUAUUACCAGCCAGCUCCUUACGUCAGUGACGGCAACUUCAACAACUACUACGUUGCCCACCCUCCAGUUACCUAUAGCCAGCCCUACCCUACCUGGCUGCCUUGUAACUAACCUUGAGACCUGAGGGUUUCCACAGUGGGGACCCUUGUAGGGCAAGGGCUCUCAGGUAGGGGAGCCUCCUUAUAGAUGUAGGUGUUUGGCUUUUAAAGGAGAACUCAGCUCUGAUUCUGCCUUUUUUCCUUUGUGUACCCAUUGGACGAUGGGUCUACAGUGUAUCACGAGCCAACCCUGAAAGGACCCAUGUCACAGUGCCACUUUGGAAAAUGCUAUAGGAAGUGUGACCCAUCCACAUCUUUCCAAGAGAGACACGAAUAUGUCACGUCUCAAACAUCAGCACGUGGGGAUCUGAGCUCUGUGCAAUAGUUGAGGUUGGGAGAGCUGAGACAGCACGCAAGGAGUGUUAAGCUACUUACUCCUCGUUUGGGCCUGGCGUAGGCUGUGUUGUCCUUACUCGGGGUUCUCAGCAGUUACAUGAAAGUUGUGCUGAUAGUCUCUUGUAUCCACUUUAAUCAGGCAGAAAAUGUUGAUAUGAGGGUGCUCUUGUGGCUUAAUUUUUGUUCAAGGGACUACAUUACUUAUGUUUAUUCCCUGUCAGCAGAGCUGAGAAUUUCUUUCAUCAAUAAACCAAAGCCGAUAGCUGGAGAAUUGAGAUCUGGUUGGAAGUGGUUUAUGGUUUAGAUGCUGUGCUAUCUUGAUGAAUUAUGAGAUUUUGUUGGAAAAAAAAGAACUUUUCUUGAAAUGUAACUUGAAAAAAAAAAAAACAAAAUAAAAUGUGGAACAUAAUGUUAAAGUAGAAUUGUGGUGGUGGUGGUGGUGGUGGGGUGAUUGUAAAUAGGAACCAUGAAUGUUCUUUUUUCUUCUUCUUCUUUAAGGAAUUCUUACUGAAUGACGCUUUUUCUCCUCAUCAGCUAUUCCAUGGUUGACUUUUGUCUUGCUCUUCCUAAGACUAAGGAUUAUGCUGAUCUAGAGUUGUUAUAGUAACUGACAUGAGGGUAUUCCCAUGUUUUAAUUGGAAACCCAUUUUGGUCACAUUUCAAGUAUGAACAACUGUGUCUCUGGAGUAUUUUGGCUAUUUUUGUUUCUUGUGGUGUUUUUGUGUCUUUUUUUUUUUUUUUUUGAAUCAAAAAAAGAAAUAGAGAUUUUCUUCUCCAGGUGUUUUUGGCAGCAAAUGAAUUCAGGAAUUUCAGUAGAAUUGAGUGACCUGUGGAAUUGCUUUAGACUCUAACCUGCUGUCUCCAUGCUACGUGUGAAGGUAGGGCUAUAGCGUUAAGUGUGACUUUGGAUACGUUGGAGCUUCCAAGACACUUUGAAACCAUUCCAGUGCAUUUGGGGGAGAAUUAAGUGAAUGAAGAAGGAUCUUUCUUGUUCUGGUAGAUUUGACCAUGCUUGUUUCUAUUCUGCACUUUAGAAGGAAAACAGUGUUAAUCUCUAGUCUGAAGCAAGCUUAGUAAAUGGGAGAGUUCUAGACUACUGUUACUUUCCCCAGUAGUUAGAGAUAAGGAUUUUGUGUUUUGAAAACUUUUUGUGGGACCUUUUAGAAAGCAUCACUUUAAGGUAUCAAUAGCAAAGACACUCAAUUUUGCCAGCUUGGUUUCUAAAGAGAUUUAAUCAAAUCCAUGCUUCUGAUUUUUAUUUUCUCUUCCGGCCAUAAAAAUCCAAAGCUCUGAGUGAUUGCUUUCUCUUUUCCUUUAAAUAAUGAAGUUGUCUUAAUGCAGAAAUGCUUAGCAGAAAACGAGUGGUUUACUUUUUUGUAAAGAUAUAGUUUCAGGUUUCUUCAUGAAUGAGAUGUCUCGGUCCCCUUAAACAAAAGCCGAUCGGACGUGACUGAAAUCCAAGGCAUAGCUGGUAUCCAUGGGCCACAUUAGAUGAUUGGAAGCCAUUUAUUGUAAUAGUGUAACGAGCUCCUGUUUCCUUGUGAGCUUCGGUUAUAUUUUACUUCACUGGCUUUGAGUCAAGGCUGGUUCUCCAUUGAGGGGACCCAGAGAAUUUCAGUGUUAAAAGGGGGCAAUAGAGAGUGAUCCCAAUGAAGACUGAUCCUGUUUUUGAAAAUUAUCUGGUCAUCCAUGGCCUUGAAAGGCUGCCCUUGUGGCCACAUGGCAACAUAUUUGCACAAAAAUGACAGAUUUGUUUAACCAAAGCUUUGACAUGUGAUGAAGCCACCAGCAUAAGCACUCACUAACAGAUCAGUAUUGCUUCUACUUAGAAGGCUUGGGGACCAGGGUAAUGAGGCACUGGAUGAAGAUAGGAUCUGCAUCAAGUAAUUAAACUUCUACUUUGUCCUUGGAAUACUUUCUGCUUUUUCUUCCCCCCUUAUCCAGUAAUAGUUUUCCUCUGAUGAGGCACAGAAGUUACUAGAAAUUCCUAGCACCUCAGGUCUUCACCACUAUUGCAUGAUGGCUGUCUUGGUAUAGUCUCUUCACCUGACCUUUAUCCAGUCCAGCUCUGUUUGUGGUUUGAGAGUACAUGUGUUCUAGAACCAUCUGGGUUAAAUGCUGCACUGACCAAAGCUUUACUUUGAAAAUACAACACCAGACCAGUUUUUCUACCUGCCCUAUGAGCCUUUUGGUAGCCUCAGAAUAGACCAGGGGGCCUUGAAUUCCAGCUGUCUGGGACUCCUAGCUGAACUCUGCCUUUCAUGCUACUCACACAGCCACCAGGUACCCCAAACUUGUACCGCAUCCAGUGGUUCCUGUUUUUUGCGUGUGUUGGGUAACAUGAAACUUGGCAGUAGCCGAGGGUACUAAAGUUCAAGUGCGAGUUCUAAUCUAAAUUUAAGCAGUCUCUUAUUCGCUUCAGUUCUCUGAAUUUGUUUUCUGCGAGUACGCAGCCUGUUCUCCCAGCCUGCUUCAUGGAGUCGGGUUGACGUGAAAACUAUGUUUUCCCUUUGUGUGGGCAGGAAAGCACACACUGAGUUCCUGGCCUUGAACUUCAGUCUCCCCCUCAAAUCUCACCUUGGCAGUGAGACAAUAUCCUUCACGCGGUAAUUUCAAUGCCGAAGCUAGACUGUUAUCACCAACACCUUCAAAUCAGACUUCCUGAUGAUGGCAUGCGUGAUGUGGCAUGGCCCACAUCUGGGGGCCUGGCAGAUGGGACGAAUAGGGUAGGAAGAUGAUACUUGGUCCCUGAUAUAUGCUACAGAUGUUCUUUUGCAUUCACAGUUUUUGUGUUUUUUUUUUUUUUUUCCCCAGUUUGACUUUCCCUGGGGAUUUGAAGCAGAGUGCUGUGUAUACCUAUGUUUUGUGGUGAUGCAUUAACCGCCAAAUGGCUAAACUCCUGAAUCUGUUCAUCCUUCAGCCUCAUCUAUAGCAUUAAUCCCUUACUUUCAGGAUGCCUUAGGAUCUUUGACUAGUACUGUUUUGUUAGCUCUGGGAAAUGGUGCCACUCAAAAGCAAUUACUGAACUGUAGGAAUAACUUCUAUUUAACUUUCUGAUACUGGUGCCUUGCUUGAGGGUGCAGCUCAAACACCCUCUUCUAGAGAGUGGAUUGAAGUCUCAUUAUUCGAUAGUGAGAGUAGAUCCUGAUAGUCACCAGGGCCCUUACUUCCUAGGUAUUUCAGGCUCUAUGCUAGGGAGGACCCUUGGGGUGGAUCUUUUUAAGUUGAAAGAACUUCCAGUUUCCAAGGUUAGAUUCACAUCCUCCCUCUAGCAAAAACCAGAACUUCACAGUCAACUUUGGAACAUAUUCCAAACCAACCAGUUAAAUUCAGAGGACCCAGGGAGGUGUGUGGAAGAAAAGUAUGCCAAAAGAUCUGGCCACUUUUCAGGAUUAUUUGUGGGGAUGUCUAAGGUGAGAAUCAGGGAAGAAAAGGCUUUUGUGUGUGUGUGAGUUCAAGUGCCUAAAUCUUGUCUACCUAUGACCUUUUUAUAAAAUAGUUUAAGUGUAAGCUAAAGAAAAUGCUUGGAGUUUUACCUGGCCUAGUGAGAGUUGGUUCAAAGUUGACCAUCCACUAAAGAGGAAGUAGUUAAAUAGCGUAGAUCUGUGAGCAUUUUUUAAAACUCAAGCUAUUUGGUCCUUUGGUUUUUUUUUAAUGGAUGAAAACUUAAUUUUUCUGUAGCAGCUAUUUAUUUCCAAAUUGAUACAGAAUUGGAACCUUUUUAGUUUUAUAUUGGGAUAGCCUUUGGAAAAUUAAUUUCUUACCGGUGCCUAGGAUGUGUGGACUUCCUCUUUGGCAAUGGUCACUAACCUUCUUACUUGAUGCAGAUGAAAUCACUUGUCAAUGCAACCUGUGUUAGAACUUGAUGAAAUAAAGCUUUGAGUUUGAGAAAUAAAAGUAUAUUUAAAAAAAAA